CCUUGCCGUCUGCUGUUCGAUCUGAGAGCAAUUUACACGGUGCCACGUGUGUUUCAUGUUUCUUCCUGAUGCCCCUCAAUUGUAUUGCAUCUUCCGUAAUCGACAUGUUACCCGAAUGUGAUGUUACCCGAACCGUCAUAUUACAUCAGAGGUAAUAUAUAUAGCCGGGAAAUCCAGAUUUUAGUCAGUUACACAGUGAACUCGCAAGCAAAAUGAUCCGAAUUGUAAUUAUUGGAAUGCUGGCAACAGUUGCCAUGGGCCAAAUGUUUGGCGGUAUGGACAUCUCAAGCAUGAUGUCAAGCAUCAACCCAGAGAUGUUGAAAGACCUUACCCCAGAGAAAAUCGAGGAUGCCCUCAAGAACCUCCCCCCUCAAAUGAAGGACAUGAUGCACAGCAUGGGAGUGGACGAGUCCCAGCUUGAGGAUAUGGUUAAGAACCUGCCCAAGGACAUGGACCUGAGCGCCCUGGCUGACCAGGUCAAGGACAACGCCGCCUUCAGCACUGACCAGAUCAAGGACAUGAUGAAAGGGAUGGGAAUUGAAGGUGAUCUCAACGAUAUCAUCCCCAAGAUGAAGAAAGAUCUCCUGAAACAGGUCGAGAAAGACCUUGACAUGAAAAUCGAGGAUGUCGACACCAGCGACAUUGUCGGAAAGUUGAAGGAGAAGAUCAUGGGAGACCUGAAGGAGGAAGGCUUGGACCUGAGCAACCCCGAAGAGCUGAAGAGACAGAUUCUGGAGGAGAUGAAAGUAUCUUAUGGCGUAGAACCCGAUAUGGACAACGAUGAGUUCAAGCAGAUGAUCGUCAAAAACAUCAUCAGUGAUCUGCAGGAGGCAGGGUUUGAAGUCGACCCAGAGAAACCAGAGGAGUCCCUCAUGAAAGUCAGAGAAAUCGCCAACGAGAAGGCCAAGGAAUUCGGAUUCGAUUUCUCCGAAGGUUUCAGCUUCGACUCUAUUACAAACACAAUCAUGGAGAAACUGAGAGCUUUCGGCGUCCCAGUCGAUGAGCCCAACAAGCUGUUGCCGUACAUCAUGGAGAAAGCCCAGGAAUACUGGCCAAUGAUCGAGGAAAUGAUGAUGGCCCAGACCAUGCCCCCAAUGCAGCCCGCCCCAAUGCCCAUGGGCCCAGCUCCUCAAUAUGGAGCUCCCCUGACCUUGAACCUUGAGAUCAAUGUGGAUGGUGGUGACAGGCCCACCAAUGUCGGUAUGCCCGGCAGCCAUUUCUCCGAGGAGGAAGUCAGCGAGAUUCUCCAGGAUCUCCUCCACUACCGUACUUUGGCAAAGAGCCUCAUCGCCAAAAACGAGAUGCUGCACCACCGUAUCGAGGCCCUCGAGAGCAGGAGGCCACCAAUGUCCAAGUCCCCCAUGCUUAACGCUCUGAUGCACAAAUACCAUGAGGAAAACUAAAUCAUCGUUUAUUCGGAACACAUAGGGUUCUUGUAUUUGCAACGCCAGGGGUUUAACAGUUAGGGUGUUGGCUCUACGCCUAAUCAAGACAUUUUGCAUAGUGGAAUCAGCAAUCUAAUAUUUCAAUUUCAAGCUUGUCGGUGUAACAUUAAUU